AUGGAGUCAACCUACCAGUCUCUCAUCCACCGGAUCCUCUCCAAGUGGGACGAAAAGAAGCAUUCCUCUUCCGACAUCUCGGACACACAUCCCCGCCUCAUUAUCGCGCUAGCGGGUCCCCCUGGCUCCGGUAAAACAACCAUCGCCCAGCGCGUCGUGUCGGCCAUCAACACCUCUCCCGAGCCCCACCCCAAGUCCAUCGUCCUGUCCGCGGACGGCUUUCACCUACCCCUGGCAACUCUGCGCGCCCUCCCAAACGCGGCGGAAGCCAUCGCCCGGCGCGGCGCACCCUGGACGUUCGACGGGCCGGCGGUCGUCGACCUCGUCCGCCAGCUGCGGUCUUCGGCGGGGCAGCGGCCGGUUCUGGCCCCGACUUUCGAUCACAAGAUCAAGGACCCCGUGAUUGGUGGUUUCACUGUCGACGCGGACGUUGAAGUCUGUAUCAUUGAAGGGAACUACUUGCUUGUCGACGAAGAGCCUUGGGAUCAGAUUGCUCCCUUGGUGGAUGACAGGUGGCUUGUAAGAGUUGAGCCAAGCUUGGCUCGCAUGAGGGUCGCGAAACGGCACAUUGCGGCUGGUAUUGAGACAACUAUGGAAGAUGCACUUCAUAGGGCGGAGACGAAUGAUAUGAUCAACGGCGAGUUCGUGGCUAAGCGCAGUGAGGGAAGGUAUGAUGUACCGGUUGAUAGCGUAGAAGAGCUGCCUAAUUAG